GCUCGAGUGCCCGGCCAGUGACUGGAAGGCGCCAUGGCGGACUACACGCUUUUGGACAGCUCUCUGGCUGUGAUCCGCUUCCGAAACCCGCCUUUCAACACCUUUAGUAAGCCUGUGGUCGAUAGCCUGCUGGACAGCGUGAGGAGAGCCCAGGCCGACCCAGCCGUGAAAGCCAUCGUCAUCUAUGGAGCAGAUGGAAAGUUCUCUGCAGGUGCUGAUAUUCGGGGCUUUAGCUCCCCGCAAAGGCCAGGUACUUCAUUAGGCGAACUAGUUGAUAGUUUACAGAACAUGGAGAAGCCUUCGGUGGCUGCCAUCCAGGACCUGGCUCUGGGAGGAGGUUUGGAAUUGGCGCUGGGUUGUCACUACAGGAUUGCCGACGCCAAGACUCGAGUUGGUUUCCCAGAGGUCACCCUUGGACUUCUCCCGGGUGCCAGAGGGACCCAGCUUCUCCCCAGGCUCAUUGGGAUACCUGCUUCCCUUGAUCUCAUCACCUCAGGGAGACAUGUUCCGGCUCUUGAGGCACUGAAAUUGGGAAUACUGGACAAAAUCGUGAAUUCUAAUCCAAUUGAGGAAGCCAUCAAGUUGGCCAAACAAGUUUCUGGUCAGCCCAUAGGCUCUCGGAGACUCACGACAAGGCAGGUUCAGAAGCUGCCCAAUAUGGACAACAUUUUCCAGGAAGCCCUGCUCAAGAUGAGGAAACGGUACCCAGGGAAUAUUUCUCGGGAGGCCUGUGUCCAAGCCGUCCAGAUUGCUGUCCAAUACCCCUACGAAGAAGGAAAAGAGAAAGAGAAAGACAUGUUCGUGUACCUUUUGGGUUCAGGACAAGCUACAGCCCUGCGGUAUGCCUUCUUUUCAGAGAGAGCUGUGGGGAAGUGGUCAACUCCCUCUGGGGCAUCAUGGAAGACCUCCUCGCCACAGUCUAUCUCAUCUGCAGCGGUAGUGGGUUUGGGAACAAUGGGAAGAGGCAUCGUCAUCUGUCUGAUGAGGGCCAACAUCCCAGUUAUCGCCAUGGAACAGGAUGAGAAGCAGCUGAAUCAGGCCAAACAGGUGAUUGCCUCCCUCUUAGAACAGGAAGCCUCUAAACGAAAGCGGAUUGGCCAGGAGUGGAAACAGCCAAGGCUCCAAUUCACCGAAUCCCUGGAUGAGGUAGCAGGUGUGGAUUUAGUGAUAGAGGCUGUAUUUGAGGACAUUGGGCUGAAGAAACAGGUCUUCGGCAAAUUGUCGGCUAAAUGCAAGCCUUCAGCCUUUCUGUGCAGCAAUACUUCAGCCCUGGAUAUCGAUGAGAUUGCUACAUCCACAAGCCGUCCUCACCAGGUCAUUGGUACCCAUUUCUUUGUCCCUGCUCAUAUAAUGAAUUUAUUGGAGGUCAUCCCUAGCCGGUAUUCAUCCCCUACCACCAUUGCUACCAUCAUGAGCUUGGCAAAAAACAUGAAUAAGGUUGGCGUUGCCGUUGGAAAUUGCUUUGGAUUUGUCAGCAAUCGAAUGCUGCAUUGUUUUAAGGAACAGAAUAAUUUCUUAAUAGAAGAAGGUAGCCAGCCACAGGAAGUUGAUCAAGUUCUGGAAGAGUUUGGUUUCAAAAUGGGUCCUUUUCGAGUGUUGGAUCUGUCUGGGUUGGAUGUGGAUUGGGACAUACGGAAGAGUCAAGGCCUCACAGGACCUGCGUUAGCCCCAGGAACACCUCUACGCCAACGUGGCAACAAAAGGUAUUGCCCACUUCCUGAUAUUCUGUGUGAACAUGGAAGAUUUGGCCAGAAGACUGGCAAAGGUUGGUAUCUAUAUGACAAACCAAUGGGUAGGAUUCACAAACCGGAUCCCUGGCUUUCCAAAUUCCUAUCUGAGUACAGGCAGAGCCAUCAUAUUGAGCCACGGGUCAUCAAGCCCGAUGAGAUCCUGGAGCGCCCGGUGUAUUCUCUCAUCAAUGAAGGCUUUCGUAUCUUAGAAGAAGGCAUGGCUGCUGGUCCUGAACACAUUGAUGUAAUCUCCAAUAAUGGUUAUGGAUGGCCAAGGCACAGGGGUGGACCCAUGUUCUAUGCCUCCAUGGUGGGACUACCCAAAGUAGUUGAGAAACUACAGAAAUAUUACCAGCAGAAUCCGGAUGUCUCCAAGUUGGAACCUUGCAAUCUUCUGAAGAAGUUGGCCUCCCAGGGCAACCCUCCUCUUAAGGAAUGGCAGAGCUUGGUAGGGCUUCAGAGCAGCAAACUGUGAUUUUACCCACCCUCCAACCUCAGGCAAACGUUGUUUAAAUAAAUCAAAACUCAAUCACAGGCUUUUGAAAGACUUGCAAAGCAAAGUCUAUGGGGAAAAUCAUGGGCAUGGGGUUCCCUUCUGUGGGGCUGCUUCAGUAGGGUGAUUUUAAUGGUUCAAUACCAUAAACAACUUAUGGGCCAGGUCUUCUGGAAGCACAUGGCCACAAAACUACUUUCCAGACAUCUGAAUCCGUCUCUUUACUUGAUUCUGUCUUGUGAAAAUAGUCCACCUUGGUAAUGUCUCAAUGGCAUUUGAAUAAGGAGUGAUUCUGGAACAUGCAGGGUAUAAGAGAGGCCCAGAGUCACUGGAUCCAACUAUCUCCACUGGCUAUCACCCUGUGUCUCUUCUCUUCUUCUUGGUUAAAUGCCUUGAGAAAGCUUCACUCAGAACCUCCAAUUCUCCUCCUUUCACUCUCAUCAUUCAACUGAAAUGACUUUCUUUUGAGUUACCAGAGAUUUUCUUCAUUGUCAGAUCUGAUGGUCUUUGUUCAAUCCUCAUUCUUUUUUGACCUUUCUUUAGCAUAUGACACCAUGGACCAUCUCCUCCUGGAUAGUCUUAUCUCUCCAGAAUUUAGUAACACUGUUCUGUUCAGUUCUCCUCUUCAGUCUACUUUGCUGGCUCCAUGUUGUGCCCAUUAACCAUGGAUGUCCCCUUAGGUUUUAUCCUUGGACCUUCUUUUAUCCCUCUUUGCUCUCUCAUUUGGUUCCCAUGAGUUCAGUAAUCAUCUCUUUGAAGAUGAUUCCCAGAUCUGAAUAGGCAACUUAAUUAAAUCUCCUGAGCUCCGGUCCAGAAUCAUCAACUGGCUGAUAGGCACUUCAAAUGAGAUGUUCCAUUGGCAUCUCAAACGCAACAUGUCCAAUAUAGAACUCUUGUUUUUCCUCCCAAAUGCACCCCUCUUUUCAACUUCCCUAUUAUUAUUGAAGUCAGGUAAGCCAGCCUAGCUAAAGUAAGAAGGAACUCAGAGGGAGAGACAGGAGGUGGCAUGUUCCAAGCAGCUCAAGCCACCAGCACCACCUUAACCCACUCCUCUCAGAUCCUGAUGGAGACAGUCCAAGACCCUUAACUCAAAAGCUUUGGAAAAAGCAGUACCUCCCGCCCCACUUUACCUACUUCCAGUCCUGCCCUUCCAGCCGUCUUUGAGGGCAGCAAUCAUCAUAGAGAGUGAUGUCUGCCUUUCUUACCAACACCAGCUGCCAUUUACAGCAGGCAAACCCAGGAGUCCUGGCCAAGGGAGCACCUUUCAGACCAAGGGUGCUGCUUCCAAUCCAGCCUCCGCAGUGGUCAUCCUAAGAAGCAUCCCCUUUGGGGAUGCUAUUUGGCAACUGUAUUUGCAAUGUUGCUACUGCAGCUCCUGAAGAUGCAGAACAGAAAGUCCUUGCUAUUAAGAUCCAUGCCACUUAAAGAAGUGGAAAUUGGGGAAUGGCUGAACAAGUUGUUGCAUAUGAUUGUGAUGGAAUAUUAUAGUGCUAUAAGAAAUGAUGAGCAGGAUGCUCUCAGAAAAACCUUGAAAGACUUACAUGAACUGACGCAAAGUGAAAUGAGCAGAACCCGGAGAACGCUGUACACAGUAACAGCAGUACUGUAUGAUGAUCAACUGUGAAAGACUUAGCUCUUCUCUGCAAUAUGAUUCAAGACAAUUCUGAAGGACUUGUGAUGAAAAUCCACCCCCGGCGAAAGAACUGAUGGAGUCUGAAUGCAGAUUGAAGCAUACAUUUUUGCUUUCUUUAUUCUUCUUGGGCUUUUUUUUUGGUCUACAUUUUCUUUUGCAACAUGGCUAAUAUGGAAAUGUUUUGCAUGACUGCACAUGUAUAAUCACAUCAAAUUGCUUGGCUUCUUAAGGAGGGGGGAGAUGAAGGAGGGAGAGAAUUUGGAACUCAAAAUUAAAAAAAAUGUUUAAAAUUUACAUCUAAUUGAGAAAAAAGUAAAAUAAAAAAUAUAAGAUUAAAAAAGUGAAGACUCUCUGGGAAGAGGCAGGAAGAAGCCUGCAAGGAGAAAUUUUGGUGAUAUAACAACAAAAGACAUUAAUAAAAAUCUAUUCAAAACAAAACAAAAAGAAAUAGGAAACAUACCACACUCUGCAUCAAGCAUAUAUUAAGACACUUUGUUUAUGCAUUAAAAAUGAUUUUUGUCACUAUCAAAUGAUUUAACAUCAGAAAUGGAGAAAAUUUUAUCUCUGCAAAUGGUAUUAAGGAAGAAGCCUUCUUUGCUGCUGCUCCCUAAAGGUAAGGGACCUUUUCCCUCUGAUCUGCAGCUGAAACCUUCCCUAUGUGUUGUCUCCCCUAUUGGAAUGGAAGCUCCUCAAGAGCAGAGACUGUCUUUCUUUUGAUUUGUAACCUCUGUGCUUUGCACACAGUACGUGCCUAAUAAAUGUUUAUUAAUCCA